AUUUAUAAUGCAAUGUACCGGAAGUAAACAACUGCAUGUGGAAACCUGUGUAAACAGAAAAACAGAGCAACGGUGGUAAUAUUUUUGACAAUGGAAUUCACAACAGACCAGAUAAAUUCCUUAGCACAUAUGCUAAAACCACCAAAUGAAGACAGUGAUUCUGACUGUGAACUAGAUGAAAGGCCCUCUGCAUAUGGGAAAAUUGGACCAGGUCAGAUUGGUCCUUCAGUGAAGAAAGACCAGAAACCCGGCAAAGUACCAGAAUCAAAGGGAAAUGCUAAAGACAUAUGGGGAGAAGAUGAGGUUCCAGAAGGAGCAGAAUUUGAUACAACAUUUGACCCAAGACCUCAACCAGAGUAUGACAUCAUAUUUAAACAAGCAGUGUCAUCAGAGGACAUGUUUUUACAGAUGGGUAAUAAAACACCGUCAACCGCUAGCUGUGAAGAUAUGGUGGUGAAAAUCCAGUUACCUGGUACAAAAGCUGCUGAUCUCACUUUGGAUGUCAAAAGCAAGUUUCUUGACCUGAGAACACCAAAAUACAAACUAGGGCUGCAUUUACCCCACCCUGUUGAUCACAAGAGUGGAAAAGCUCAGUGGGAUGGAGACAAAGAAAUCCUUAAUGUCACUCUACGCAUGCAAAGGGAUUAUGACUUUAUGAAUUUUUAACUCCAUAUUUGCUGUAUUGAUGCAGUUAUGUGUUCAUAUUAUUGUUUUGAUGUAUUUCCGUCCAGAAAAUGAUUGAUAUGGUUUUAAUUAAAAACAUGAAA